AUGGACUUCCCUCAACUCGACUACGCUGACGUAACCAGCGGUGACCCGGCUCGCCGCGAGAGGUUUGCCGCCGAGUUGGUCAAGAGCUUCGAAACCUUUGGCUUUGCCUCAAUCAUCAACCAUGAGGUGCCCGAAGAAACAAUCAAGGAGUGCUUUGAAUAUAGCCGCAAGUUCUUCGCGCUCCCCCACGAGACUAAGAUGUUGUCGAAGCAUCCUCGGGGAAUAGCACCACGCGGCUACAGUUUCGUAGGCCAGGAAAACCUGUCCAGCCUGACCCGAGCGGACAGAAACAUGGCCAAGUACAUCGAAACAAAGGAGUCAUGGGACCAGGGAGCGCCGAAUGACACUCCCAACCCCACCAACUGGGCUGCCACCGAGGCGAUCCCGGGAUUCCGAGAAUUCAUGGAAGCCAUGUUCAACACGAUGCACGAUUUCGAGGAGCGGCUGCUUUCGGCACUGGCGCUGGGGCUGGGACUCCCCGCAACACACUUCGACCGGAUGCACACGGACCGUGUCAACGAGUUCCGGCUGCUGCACUACCCAGAGGUCAAAGUCAAGGACAUCCUGACGCCCGACGCAACGCAGCGCACCCGGGCAUCCGAGCACACCGACUUCGGCAGCCUGACGCUGCUCUUCCAGGACUCGGUCGGCGGCCUCGAGGUUGAGGCGCACGACCAGCCCGGCACCUUCUACCCGAUCAAGGCCGCCAGCCCGGCCAUGAUCAUCAACAUUGGCGACUCGAUGCAGCGCUGGACGAACGACCGCCUGCGCUCUACCAUUCACCGCGUCUCCGUGCCGGCGGCCCUGCGCAAGGCUGGAGAGGAUGGCUCCGAGGAUGCAGUAAUCCCGUCGCGGUACUCGAUUGUCUUUUUCGGGAAGCCGAACAGGGAUGUUUCGCUGUAUCCUUUCCCCCAGUUCAUGAAGACUGGAACAAAGUACCCUGACAUCACGGCUGGCGAGUACAACCAUGUGAGGGUCGUGACGACGCAACCACAAUAG